AUGCAACAUGACUUAUUUGAAGAAACUGUUGAAGAAAAGGUUUUUGGUGACUUUAGUUUUGAUCAAUUUCCAUUUUUUGGUAAAAAUGAUUUUUCAAUUUUUGAGAAAAACAAAUAUGAUGGAAUUGAUAUACGAGAGUUGACUUGUAAGCAUUUAGUCGAGGAAUUUAAACAAUUAGGUCAAAAAGAACUUGAUACAGAUAAAGCACUUGGUGGGAUUAUAAAUAAGACAUCAGCAAUAUUUGAAGGACAUAUUAUUAACACAUUUGACAACAUAAAUACGAACAAUGAAGAAGAUAUAUCUGAAAAUCAUAUAAUCUCUUAUUUAACGUCAGAUAUAGACAAACUAGCAAAGUUAUAUGCUGCAUUCUCUACUGAAAUUAUUAAUUGUGUUAACUAUGGAAUGAUUGACUUGAGACCAUAUAAAUUAGCUGGUAUUAAUACAUCAGUAUUAAAUGCUGGGAUAUUUUCUAGGGCUGGCAACCAAAUUAGAUUGUCCCAUAUAAUCAAUCAUAUGGCGCUUAUCCAAAAUCAUGACAAUUUUAUAGAGGAAUAUAAUAAAAGAAUACAUAACAGUAAGGUAGCCGAUACAUUCAAUAUCAUGAUUACUUCCAUAGCAAGUCACUUGACUCCUUUCGGUGCUAAUAACGUAACAUUCAAAGAAACAAAGUUAGAUAAAAAUAUGUCAUUCGCUCAACUGCUUUAUCGAAAUAUAGGAGGUGAUGAUAUGACUAAGCAGCAUGCAUCCGAUCGAUUUGAUCCAGCAAUUUUACCAAGUUUGACAGAACUACAUAGAAAUACUAUCGAAAUCGUUCCUUUAGAAUGCCCCGAGCUCGUAUUCAGGUUUGAAAAAGGUAAAUUGACGAUCACAAAACUUUAUAUACAUCCACAUUGGAUCGAAACUUUAUGGAAUCUUGUAAUGCUUGAGAUGAGAUCAAAGUGUGAACCAAUAGUCAGUACUAUAAUUUGCUUUUAUUCGGGAGUACUCAAAAACGAAAAAGAUUUCCAUCUUGCGUAUCAGCUUGGCAUGGUUUAUAGUGGCCCAGUAACUUACACUCAAUUCUAUGAAAUUCUUUGCAAGAUUUCUGAAGUAAGUCACUAUAAUUCAACUCUUGAGGGUAAGGAAAAUGUCGAAAAUCUCGUGUCUGCUGUAAAGAAAUUGCAGAAAAACUCUCUUUUGCAGUUAUACAUACUUUCUGGUGAAAAUGUGUUAUUAAGACUUAUUAAUAUUUCUGCUAUAGUUAUCUUGUUGCUUACCAUGGUGCAAACUAUUAUAACAGUUUUAGCUUACAAAGUACAAAUGAACCAAUGUAAUCAAUGCGAACAAUAA